AUCUCAGACAAGUUUCUUGCAGUGCUGCUAAUUCUUCUGUUAUCCCUUUCCUCCCACAGUGCUGCAGGGAGGAGAUGAAUGAGAGCUCUCCAGCUCACCACCUCAACCUUCUCCAGCAGCUGAACGUGAGGAAGCUGCAGGAGCAGUGAAGAAUGGAUCUGACUAGAGGAAACAAUAGAGCCUCGGUAACCAGCGGGGCAGAAUAGAAGUGGGAUGAGCUUCUCAGUCCUCAACAACUGACUGCUGAGACACUCCGGAGAGGCCAUAGAGAAAAGGAGCCGCUGUCUACUGAGGACUGAAGCAGUGAGAAUGGAACCCACAAAGAUUAAUAUGUCUCGCCUGCCACUGGUUAAUGGAGGCAUCGACACUGUCAUGCUCAAGGCACACAAACCCCGUGUGAUGUCCAAAAGUGGUCACAGCAACGUGCGGAUAGACAAAGUCGAUGGCAUUUACCUGCUCUACCUUCAAGACUUGUGGACUACAGUUAUAGACAUGAAAUGGAGGUACAAACUCACCUUAUUUGCUGCUACUUUUGUUAUGACCUGGUUCCUCUUUGGAGUUAUCUACUAUGCCAUUGCAUUCCUUCAUGGUGAUUUAGAAAUAAACAAGUUCAAUCCAAAGCGCGAGCCAUGUGUCAAGAAUGUAGACUCUCUGACUGGGGCAUUUCUCUUCUCCCUGGAGUCACAAACAACCAUUGGCUAUGGAUUUCGUUUCAUUACAGAGGAGUGUCCUCAUGCCAUUUUCUUACUUGUGGCCCAACUGGUCAUCACCACUUUGAUUGAAAUCUUCAUCACAGGCACCUUUCUGGCCAAAAUUGCAAGACCUAAAAAACGGGCAGAGACUAUUAAAUUCAGCCACUGUGCCGUCAUCACUAAACACAAUGGAGAACUUUGCCUGGUGAUUAGGGUAGCAAAUAUGAGGAAGAGUCUCCUGAUACAGUGUCAGCUGUCUGGGAAGCUUCUUCAGACAUAUGAAACCAAAGAAGGGGAGCGGAUCCUGCUGAAUCAAGCCAGUGUCAAGUUCAACGUUGACUCCUCUUCAGAGAGUCCUUUUCUCAUUUUGCCUUUAACCUUCUACCAUAUUUUGGAUGAGAGCAGCCCUUUGAGAGAUCUCACACCUCAGAAUCUCAAGGACAAGGACUUUGAGCUUGUAGUGCUCCUGAACGCCACAGUGGAGUCCACCAGUGCUGUUUGCCAAAGCAGGACUUCCUACAUCCCCGAGGAGAUCCACUGGGGCUAUGAGUUCGUGCCUGUGGUUUCUCUGUCUCCAAAUGGAAAGUACGUUGCAGAUUUCAGUCAAUUCGAGAAGAUUAGGAGAAGCACAGAUUCCAAUUAUUAUAGUAUGGACUCUGAAAAACAAAAACUAGAGGAGAAAUACAGGCAGGAGGAUCAAAGAGAGAGAGAAUUGAGAACGAUGUUAUUACAGCAGAGCAAUGUUUGAUUUCAUGGACAAAAUAUUCUGAUUAAUCCUUUUUGCAAACUGAAAAAACAUACUCUCUGUAUGUCCACUAUGAAACAGCAGUGAAAUCCUUUUCAGCAAAUAGCUUUGAUGUAUAGUAAACCUAUCCCUUAGGCUGAGCUGUUAAUCAAGUACUUUGUAAUUAGGUAGGGUUCCUUUGUUCAUGAUCGUGACUUAGCAAAGUUGGAUUCGUAUAAAGUGUCUGUCUUAUACAAUCGCUAAAAGCAGACACACCACUUUCCAUUUGGAAAGUGAAACUAGAUGCACCGUGCUGAUUCCUUCAAAUAUUUAUUUGACAUAGUUUUAUUGUGAACAUGUAUUCACAGAAACAGCACGCAGUACUGCUAGAAAAAGAUAUGCUCCUUUAAAAUAUAUAUAUUUAAAAUGUGUAUUCUCGUACCAGGUAUUGCCUUCGUGGCAAUUCCUGGCACUGACAGACAGUUUGGUUGGACAUGGAAAGAGCCCACUGGGAGGUGAUAAACUUCUGAAAUCUUGAAGGAGGAUGACAGGGUAGUCAUACUGGGUGCUGAGGAGUGAUCACUCAUUUUUUAAACCUUGUCAAUGCCUGAUUUAUGUGUAAUAGCAAAAAGGGAAGAUGAGGGCAAGAUACAUGAAAUCACAACAGUAAUCAACUAAAGUUAAAGCUGAUUUGAGACACCUGGUUUUUAUCCAAUGUAAAUAGUUUGUAAUAGCAGUGUAACAAUACAUUUCUACAGAUUGCUUGCUUUGCUAUGGACAAUAUUUAAUUUUGGUUAAAGGAAAACUGUAUAAUGUCUAUAGACAAUAUUUACUUUUUCUGGCAACCAUAAAGGACAAGCAUUCUUUUUAUCCAUUUCAUUUUUUGGUCUAUUAAAAUCCUUCGAUUAAUAAAGGAAUUUAAUUUGAA